AUGCCACAAAAACAUCUGACGUCAUUGGCUGGGUAAACACAAUCUCAUGCUAUAAACAAUACCGUGUAUUACCACGCGUAGUGCAUUUUGAGCCAAAACAAAAGGCAGAAAAGUUUACCAAGUAAGUAACUUGUUUGUAACACUAUUUCUCAUAGUAUAUAUCCUACUCCGUGUUAAAUAAGCGCAGAAAUUCGAGUGUAAAAAGGCAAAUACUAAUGCAAUAUUUUAUGAUCAAUUACCUGCAUUGUAAAUUGCGCCAUUUCUUGCUUUCCCAGUCGCUCGAUAUGUUUUUAUCUGAUAGUAUAGACUUCUCUUGUUGGAUUGCGAAGAGUGUUGGCCAGUAUAACGCUCAAGACGACAUAUUUUCAUUUGAAAACAACACUGUCACCCCUUCCUCCCAGCCAAUGACGUCACAAAGUUCAUUGACCUUCGAGAUAAUUUGGCGGCGAAACUGGCCGAAAAGUUGCAUGCAUUUUACUCGUAGACUAAAAUGUUCAAGAAGGAAAUGAUAAUAUUUUCAUAGUUCGGUUGUCAAGUAGGAUUGAAAUAGCCAAUAAAAAUUUUCGUUGCCAAUGUCCUUUAAGGUCCAGACACACACACAGGACGCGAUUCGACGACGCGAUUUUUCGAUUUCCACUGACGGAUAACUUUGAUACUAGUUUAAAUUUUCCAAAUAUUUAGAAACGUUAUAACAUUUUGAGUUAUUUGGUCUACAUAUCUUCCAAAAUUUGCUCUCAUUGGCUGUUAUUAACUUUCAAAAACUAAAAAGUCCCGUCGCGUUGUCGAAUCGCGUCCGGUGUGUCUGGACCUUAAUUGAUGAUGAUGAUAAACUUUAUUUAACCACGCUAACAUUGUCAGCUAAAGCUGGUUUCCACAAUGGGCGUGUGAACAAAAGUAAAUUUACAAGAAAAAAAGAUAAAGGUAGUAAGAAAUUACAUGCAUAUAUGUGAAAAAGAAAAUAUACUAAUAUAUAAUAUACGUUAAUUUACUAUUUACAUUCAUGCUUUAAUAACAAUGGGUAGCGAUUAUAACUUUGCUUAUGGCAGGCAAGACAGACAUUGGACGAUAAUUUCCAGCCAAAUUACGCUUGCCAUUCUUAAAAAGGGGGAUUAUUCUUGCAACUUUAAAGCCUUAAAAUUAAAGCCUUAAAAUUUCACCUUGGUAACUGUAAUUGUCAACGUCUGCGUCACUAUCCAUUUUGCACCUUUUUAAAUCAGGAAAAAAAUUUUUGGAUCAGGCCAAAUUUUUUUAAGUCAAAGUUUGCUAAGUCAGGCUUAACCAUGGUUGACUCAAGGAUGUGAGUAACCGGUAGGCGUAGUACUAAAAUUCGGGUAAGAAAUAAGUUGCAUACGGUUGAUACUAUGAAAGUUUAUAUGUCAAAAUGUGCUUUCCAAGUUCUCCUACCCAAAACUUUCUACGUCACUAUGCGUUUCUAGCCGGUCUGUGUCGAAAAAACUAUUUUCGAUCAGGCUGAAAUUUUCAGUCAAAAUCGAGUCAAAAUUUGAUCGAAAUUAUCUAUGGCCCUUAUCCAUAUGUCACUACAAAUACGGAUAAGGUGAUGAAAGUUUUUCGGUCAAGAUGUGGUUUAAAAAUCCCCUGAGCCAAACAUUUCUUCGUCACUAGGCGUUUCGAAACAUUGCGCACGAAAUGAAAUCAGUCGUGCAUGCGCAGUAAUGAUAAUUAGGCUUCGCGAGAAAAAAUUUCGCUUCCCCAGUGAGUAGAAGUCAGUUCUACUAGUCGUGAUAGCGGAAGUCGGUUCUAGUCACUGUGAAAGCGAAAAAAGUGUGCAAAUUCAAUAGAAUCACUCGUGUGCAUCCAUCCAUAUUUUGCAGACACAAUUUCCGUUUACGACUUUACGGCAAACGUCAAACCGCUAACGAGUUUUUAAUUUUACAACUCUAUUAUAACAGCUUUUACACCAGUUUUGAAGUAUAUUAAACAAUUAUUAAACUUGUACUCUUUAGCAAUGAUUUAAGAAAGCAAAUUAACCACUAGUCACGUAUUCACCAAAGCAAUAAAUUAAGAUCUGGCGUUUGAAGUUGACGUUUGGCGUAUAAAUUUUAUGCUUGAACUGCUAGGAGGGUUUACGCCAAACGUAAACUUCAAACGCUAAAUCUUAAUUUACUGCUUUGGUGAAUAUGUGACUUGGGUUAAUUUGUUUCCUUGAAUCAUUGUUAAAUAUCACAAGUUUAAUAAUUGUUUAAUGUAUUUCAAAACUGGUGUAAAAGCUGUCAUAAUAGAGUUGUAAAAUCAAAAACUUCGUUAGCGGUUUGACGUUUGCCGUAACGUCAAGCUAAAGGUCUCUUAGGCAGUGUUUACACUGUACCGUUUUCGUAGCGUUCUCGUAUUGUUCUUAAUCCUCAAGGGAACGCAAGACAAUACACUCUAAAAACACUCUGGUUAAAUUCAACCAGGAACUGGAUCAAUAAACUACCUAGCACAUUCCUGGUUAAAUUAACUGAUUUCCUGGUUAAAAAUUAUUGAUUCAACAAAAAUCUGGCCAUACUUCUUUGGACUUUUAACCAGGAAAAUGGUUUAAUUUUUUUAACCAGGAUUGUGUAGGUGUAUUUUUAACCCCAUCCUGGUUGAAUUAACCCAAAUUUAACCAGAGUGUUUUUAGAGUGUAGCCUAGUUCUCUCGAACAAAACGAGAACGCUACGAAAACGGUACAGUGUAAACGCUGCCUAAAAGAGCUUUGUCUUGUGAUUUCUCGGGUGGAACUAAUCAGAAAAGACAAAGAGAAAUUCCGCUCCGCCCACAAAAUCCGCCUAGUGGAAAAUGGCUAUCACUCUGCUAUUAGUAUAUUUUUAAUGUUCUUCAGUUCUCUUCGGAUAGUUCUCGGAAAGCUCGCUUUCGACUUCGCCCGCGUUAUUUUUGUCCAGCACCCUAUCCCGAACCCGAUUACUAUCCGAAGAGAACCGAAGAACCGAUUGUAAAUAGAAUAAAUAUUUAAACCUCUGCGGAGAAGAGAGUACUGCCUAUUGGACGAUCACUUAAUUAUACCGUGACAGUGCAGAAAUUAGCAUAAACUCAGAGAAAAACAAUGCAGUCCUAACGUUGGCAGACGUUGUAUUUCAGAGCUGACAGUGGCUUGACCUAACAGAUCUUUUCCUCUUAGGAGUUGAAUUCAACGGCUUGUAUCAAGAUGCAUGUCUAUAUUGGAGUCCUCAGUUGCCUAGUCUGCAUUUGUGUGGGUAUGUGACCAUUAUUAAAUCGUUAGCUUGAUAACUGUUAUAGAUCAUUCUAUCGUAUUCGUAACUAACUUUAUGCUGCCCAUCCCUGAUAGAGUAAACAUCUCAUACUCAUGAUCUGAGAAAAAACUCUGGUAUUCCAAACCCAAUAUCACACACUAAAAGACAUGAACAAUCUUUUAUUCCAAAAGCAAUUGCUCUUUUAAAUAAAUAUGAACCAAAUUAGACGACAGAUUAUUCUAUACACUAAAGGCUGAUUUCCACUGUUGCGUUUUUCGUACGCACGUACACGCACGUAAAACUUUGAAUCCUUCUAUUUUUUAAAUAUUUUACAAAUAAGUUAACAAAUGCGUACUAAAACUUGCGGAACACUAAAUUAUGUUGCUUUAUUUAUUUGGUUAUUUCAUAAGUAACAUUAAACGGAUUUAAAGUUUUACGUGCGUAUACGUACGUGUGAAAAACGCAACGGUGGAAAUCAGCCUUAAUUAAGGGCCGUUUCAUACGCCGUACUUCAAUCUGCCGAAACAUUAGAUUAUAAUGAGCUGAAAUGCCUCAUUACCUAUUGUUUUUAUUGUCUUGAAAGUAUAUUCGGCACAUGUGAAGUACGGCGUAUGAAACGGCCUAACAGACAGUCUACUGUAUAUUUUAACCAUUUCUGCAGUUUCGUAAAUAUUACAUUAUUAUUGUAUACAAUUCCAUUUUACAGCUGUAAAUCCGUUGCUAAAUCCGUUAAUUACUAUUUAACUACAAAAUAAUGAUUAGAAAAGUGAUUAAGAGUUUUAUACAACUGGCUCCAGGGUGUAUCAGAAAAAAGUAUAGGAACGGCUCUUAAUUUCACAAAUCCGUUCAUGUCAUGAAUUUUUUGAUAAAUAGAGAUUGUUUGGGUACGUAUAAUGUCGAAUAAACAAAACAUUUUCGUAAAGAUAAAUUUCCCAGAGCAGGGGAGAGGGGUGUGUCUUUUUUAGCAUUAAAAAUAGCUGGCGCGGGGAUAUUUAAAGGUGAAAACGCAUUUUGAGUUCAUGGGCGAGAAAUUUGUUAUGUGUUUUAUCAAUGGUCCAAAUAUCAGAAAAUUUGCUCAAUAUUAAGUCCUUCAAAUAGCUGCUGGAACAUCAAUGCCUAUCACGCAGCUUAAUUCAUGCAUUACCUAAUUCGCAUAUUGUUUUUUCUGUGCUGGUGUUGUGUACUCAGGUGAAUAUGAUGCGUGUGAUGUAUGCUCGCAUAAACCCCGUUUACACGACCAAUUUUUAUGUGACAAUUUUUAUGUGACAAUUUUUAUGUGACAAUUUUUAUGUGACAAUUUUUAUUUGCUCGUGUAGACGAGGACAAUUGGGCAAUUUUUGUGCGGCAAAUACAGUUGCUGAAAAACUAGCGUGUUAGCUUUUAUGUGACAAAUAAAAGUUGUCACAUACGAAAUAUUGCUCGUGUAGAUUACUUGUCACAUAAAAUGUCAUAUUUUUCUCCCGCCAUAUUUGUAAAAGUAUAUAUAAUUGUAGUUUUAUUGCGCGAGAUACCGUUGUUCAUAGAUAUUUUUUAAGCAGCAAUCAACAAUUAUUUGUUGUCUCAUCUACACGACCAAAUACAUUUGUCACAUAAAAAUAUGAAAAAUUGUCACAUAAAAAUUGGUCGUGUUAAUGGGGCUAUAUUGUUAUUGCAAAAAAAGUAAAAUAACAAUAUGCAAAUUAAGUAGAUACAUGAAUUAAGCAUGCGUGAUAGGCCAAUAUUGGUGCCAAAAAAUGAAAGUAACAGCAGCUAUUUGAAGGACUUAAUAUUGAGCAAAUUUUCUGAUAUUUGGACCAUAAAAAAACGAAGUGAAACAAAGAACUUAACUCAUUAACAUUAGGUUCGGCACAUGAAAAGUUCUACGUUUGACCCUGGCCUUUCUCAUGCCGCCAUUUUCCGGUCGCAUUUCAGCCGAAGUCUGCAAGAUAAAUCCACAUAAUUUAGGACGAAUGAUGGUAAAUUGGCUUUGUAAAUGGUUAGUUUAUUUUGAAAAAUUGCUUUUCACAUUGUUUUAAUUGUCUGUAUCGGUUAACGAGAACUAGAUGCCACUCAAAAAUGGCGGAUAUUCGUCAUCGCGAGAAAGGCUAAUAUCUGAUGGACAGGUUGGCAACUCAAAAACAUGGGUGUGGAAGCUGAACACGAUUAAAGGAAUACCGAAUGUUUUCCGUGCAGGAUUGCGUGAUCCGUGCACGAGGGAUGUCGCGAGACUUUCGGAAGCGUAAAAAUGACAUUUUGAGAAUCCCGCGAAAAUCCCGCGAAGGCAUUUUAAUUCCUCGUGCAGGAUAGCCUGAUCUUGCACGGCUAUUGGCCAAUCAAAUUGCGUGGUUCACUAUUUCUGGUGACCUGUGCCAUAAUGUUUAUAUAUUUUAAAAAAAUCGUGUAAUGUUAUUUUACUUGGCGGUGUAUUUACUUGUUGUUGUUGUUGUAGUUAUUAUAUAAAUCAUUAGUGAGCUUAAGCAAGUGACGUUUUGACGCACGAACGGCAUGAGUAACGUCAGAAGACUGGUUCAAGGUCUGUGAUUGGUGAAAAACGUCAACUUUACUUCCGGUCGACGUCCGUGUGGUCAAAAACGUCAUCCGUCAUCGAUCGCGUCAUCGUCACUAUCCGUCAUCGAUCGCGGGAGGCAACGGCACGACGACGAAAGCCAAUGGAGGCUCAUGGGGGUACUUUUAGCGACAAAGCUCGAUCGCAAUGCAAAUGAAGUCUUAAAAUAUGUAAAAUUUGGUUGUUAGUGAAACAAUUUAAAUUUCGAGUUGUCGCGUGUAGCAUCACCAUAAAUAAAUAAAUAAAUAAAUAAAUAAAUGUUAUCAGUUCCACGAGGCACGACGUUUCUGAUGUAUUUAAUAGGCAAAACAAACAAGGACAAAAAUAAUACGACAUUUGUGGACGUUUAUUACCAUGACAACAACAUACAAAUCCUUCGAGUUUGCUGAUGCAUUAUUAAUGGUAGGUUCUGUUUUAUUUUCAGCACAUCCUCAUAAUCACACGUGGGACCACUAUGGUACGUGAGUCAAUUCAGAGAUAGUUUUCUAACGUUUUCUUGUGAAAAUCUCAGACAUGACUUCUUCCCAGAACCAUUGGCAAUGGCGUAGUGGAGGAAAGGGGGGGGGGGCCCUUAGGCAUAUUUGGGGGGGGGGCGUUGUCAUUGUUUGACUGAGAUAUUAUAUUUAUGUACUACUUAAAACAUGAGUAGGAGUGUUUUAUGUCUGAUAAAACACGACAACGAGUGUUUUGAAUAGCUUAAAAUACGACUGCAAAAGAAUAUUAAUUAGGAUGAACCAUUAUAUAAUGCCACAUGCUUUAUCAGAUAUAAAGUGACUCCACGUGACGUAUUAUGGCUGACAUGAUUUGCCACAAGGUUUAUGAAUUAUUAAUUAUUUUAAAUAUUUAUAGAAUGUUCUGGAAAAUUUCGUGUCUAUAACAAAACAAUAACAAUCUUCAACACAUGUAACAACUAAUAAAAAUAACUUUUGUUUUAUUUGAGAUGGAAUAAGAAAAUCGGCUACCAUUGUCGAUGGAGGCUUUAUUAUUUAGCAUUAUUAAUUUUGCAUUUUCCCAUUGAUUCUUAACCUGUAUUUUGUAAGUUUUCUAAUUUUCUGGGCGAUAGGCCGUGUCUGAUGGGGCCUCUAACUGUCGUGGGCCCUUAGUUUUUGAAGUAACCCUAACCCAAUGAGCAUUACGCCACUUACUAUUGCCAGGAUAGAUCAUUCUAGCUCAUAGAUAUCUUGUAUACACUGGAUAGUGCAUCUAAUUAUUCUGCAAUUCAAAAAUUGAAGCCGUGAUUGCAGACUCAGGAUAUUCCCAUGAAAUGAGAAGAUUCGCAUGUUUUCUAUUUCUCAAACAGGGAACUUAAACAUUAAGUUAUACCUAUCCAAAAUACAUUUUCAAACUAUUCAAAUGAUGAAAACUAUUGUUGUUUUACUAUUGUUGUUUUUUAAGCGUUUAUUAGCGAGUGGGAACUACCAACAUGGCCGCCAUCUAUUCAAAUGGGGUAUACCGCUGGAAUAUUCUUGGCUUCAAUUUCACUAAGAGAUGCUCUAUCUAGUGUAUAUAAGAUAUCUAUGUUCUAGCUAGUUUAUAAUGUGGUUAAUUCGUGUUGUAUUCAUGUUCAUCAACUUAUACAUGGUUUUCAUUUUCUAGACCAAGGGAAAACCUGGCUGACGAAAUUUGAAAAGUUUUGCGCUGGGAAGAAACAGUCCCCAAUUAACAUCAAAAACCCUCAAUGUGACAAAGCCUUAAACGACUCUAUCACUUUUAUCAACUAUGAUAAUGCUGGUCCCACCAAAUUCCCAUUUGAAAAUAACGGCCAUUGGUUAAUAGUGCGGGCAGCUAGUACUACUGCGAAAAUUAACUUGGGUGGCCCCAUUACUUAUAGAUUUCAUCAAUUGCAUUUUCACUGGGGGAAGGAUGAUACGAGAGGUUCCGAGCAUCAACUUGACGGCGAAGUUUUUCCAGCAGCGGUAUGGGACAAUAUUCUAUUAUAUUUUAUCCCAAAAUUUUGAGUACAUCACGGUACACGAUAAUUUUUUUUUGUAUUUGAGCGAAAGUACAUACAGUAUUAUUCGCUUCUCAAUAGUAUCUAUUUUCCAUCAAACCAGUAGAACUCGUUGCUAAUAACAACCUCAUCCGUUCUCAUCUACCUUAUUUUUAUUGCAGAUGCAUUUGUAUCAUAUUAAUGAGAAAUAUACUUCGUUUCAUGACGCACAGGACAAAAAAGACGGUUUUGCCAUGUUGAGUUUUUUUGUCAAAGUAUGUUAGUUCAUGUUUUGCUGACGUCGUUUGUUACUUUGUUGUUGUUCCGUAGUUGUUCAAAGCUGUUGUUCAAAGCUAGAUGAGCGUUAUUACAUCGUCUAGACAAGUUUCUGUUUUCCUUUGACAGAUUGGAGAUAAGAACCCUGCGUUUGAUUUUUUGAACUUCACAACCCACAGCAAACUCAUUGAUCCAGGUCAGCAUUUCUUAGUCUUCCUCUUCUGAGUCUUGACUGAUUGGUUGCUUAUAAUUACCCACACACCCGGCCACUCAACUAUAGACCCAUCCACCCCCUAUGUAUCCACCCAUUGAGCAACCCAUCUACCUAUCUACCUAUCGAUCAUACCUAUCUCCCACCUAACUACUUGCCUUCUCGCUUAUUUCAGAAACAAAGGUGAACAUCACUCAAUUUGCACUCAAUAAGCUGUUACCAAAAAACCUGACCGUCAUCUACCGAUAUGAGGGCUCUAUUACCAAUCCCACAUGUGAUGAAAGCAUACUAUGGACAAUUUUUGAUCAGCCAGUUUAUAUUUCGAAGAGCCAGGUGCGUGGGACAGUGAGUACAUUGUGGCUUAAUAGUUCAACCAGAGUGGUAUAAUGUACAAUAUGUUUUCUCGUUCAUUUCAGCUUGCUGAAUUGCGGCGCCUUAAAGAUCGCAACAACAAAACUUUGGUGGAUAACUACCGCGCCGUACAGGAUCUGAAUGGGCGUAAAAUCACAUACUGGAGUGAGGCAAAAUGUGGAUCUAGAGAUUCUGCAGCUACAGCUCUUGGAGCAUCCAUCUUUUCAGCCCUUUUCUCUUUGUUGCUUUUCACAUUUAUAAAUGCAUGCUAGUUGAGACAGCGAAUUAUUUCGCAUACUUUAUGUGUUGAAUGUCUCCCAGUUUUGAGUUCAUUGUUUGCAUGAUAGGGAAAUUUUGUAGAAUUUAGGUUAUAUUUGCAUGCUAUCACAAAAAAUAUACUCGAAAAAGGAUAGCCAGAACUGUAAUACACGCGUUAUACUGUUAUCAAAGCUUGAAUAAAAUUGAAGAGCUUUUCGUUAAUUAGACACAGCUGCUUAUUAACGACACACUAGAUUAAACAAGCUCUUCAUUUAGAUAAUGGCGUAUUAGUAAAUUGUUUAUUUGUAAUCAUAGUUUGAUUUAAUACUGGGUUACAUUAUAUAAUUACUAGUGGGUUUUU